ACCACUCAAACGAGCCCAGUGGAAACCCUCUGGUACCAUGUUAUUAUGAUCCAACUUCCUGGGUGGAGACAGCUGCCUCUCCCGAGUAUUUUCUGUUGCUGCGAAUGGUGUGUGAACGUAAAUAUGUCCAUUCUGUGAAACAUUAAGAAAUGUAUCACUUAUGUGCGGAAGAGGCGAAAGACCGUUAUUGUAACAAAUUAGGUAAACCAUCAUGAUCCCCAUCACAGAGCUCCGGUACUUUGUUGACACCCAGCCGGCGUACCGCAUCCUGAAGCCAUGGUGGGACGUCUUCACAGACUACAUCUCCAUCGUCAUGCUCAUGAUCGCCGUGUUCGGGGGCACACUGCAGGUCACCCAGGACAAGAUGAUUUGCCUGCCCUGCAAGUGGGUGGUCAACAAGUCCUGUGAGUACCUCAAUGUGAGCUUCCCAGACCCAUUUGCCUCUGAGCCCAAAGGCAUCAAGUAUGAACUCGAUCGGCACCAGUACAACUACAUUGACGCGGUCUGCUACGAGAACAAGCUGCACUGGUUCGCCAAGUACUUCCCCUACCUGGUGCUACUGCACACCCUCAUCUUCCUGGCCUGCAGUAAUUUCUGGUUCAAGUUCCCCCGGACUAGCUCCAAAUUAGAGCACUUUGUGUCCAUCCUGCUCAAGUGUUUUGACUCGCCCUGGACCACCAGGGCUCUGUCCGAGACGGUAGUGGAGGAAAGCGACCCCAAGCCCCUGGGGAAGAUGAACGGUUUGGUGGACAAGAAGGCAUCUUGUGUCAGCGAGGACGUGGAGGCCAGCAUUCCUAUGCUCCAAAGGACUAGGUCCCGCAUCGAACAGGGCAUAGUGGACCGCUCCGACACCGGUGUCCUGGACAAGAAGGAAGGCGAGCAGGCCAAAGCUCUGUUUGAGAAGGUGAAGAAGUUCCGGAUGCACGUUGAAGAAGGGGACAUCGUUUACCGGCUGUACAUCCGCCAGACCAUCAUCAAAGUCGUCAAGUUCAUCCUGAUCAUCUGCUACACGGCCUACUAUGUGCAUUACAUCAAGUUCAGUGUGAUCUGCAAGGUGGACAUUGAGAAGCUGACAGGCUAUAGGAUGUACCACUGUGCUCACCCUCUGGCCACCCUCUUCAAGAUCCUGGCCUGUUUCUAUAUCAGCCUGGUGGGGAUUUACGGUCUCAUCUGCAUGUACACCCUCUGCUGGAUGCUCAGCCGUUCCCUCAAGCGCUACUCUUUUGAGUCGAUCCGUGAGGAGAGCCAUUACAGCGACAUACCCGAUGUGAAGAAUGACUUUGCCUUCAUGCUGCACAUGAUUGACCAGUAUGACCCGCUCUACUCCAAACGGUUUGCCGUUUUCCUAUCGGAGGUGAGUGAGAACAAACUGCGUCAGCUGAACCUCAACAACGAGUGGACGCUGGACAAGCUGAGGCAACGCAUCACCAAGAACUCCCAGGAGAAACUGGAGCUGCACCUGUUCAUGCUUAGCGGAAUCCCUGACACAGUGUUUGACCUCCUAGAACUGGAGGUGCUCAAGCUGGAGCUCAUCCCUGAUGUCACUAUCCCCCCCAUCAUUGCCCAGCUGGUCAGCCUGAGAGAGAUGUGGCUCUACCACACACCAGCCAAAAUCGAGGCCCCAGCUUUGGCCUUCCUGAGGGAGAACCUGAAGUCCCUCCACAUCAAGUUCACAGACAUCAAGGAGAUCCCUCUGUGGAUCUACAGCCUGAAGAACCUGAGUGAGCUGCACCUCACAGGGAACCUGAGCGCAGAGAACAACCGCUUCAUCGUAAUCGACGGGCUACGGGAGCUCAAGAGGCUCAAAGUGCUCCGUCUGAAGAGCAACCUGACCAAGCUGCCUCAGGUGGUGACGGACGUCGGGGUCCACCUCCAAAAGCUGUCCAUUAACAACGAGGGCACCAAGCUAAUGGUGCUCAACAGCCUGAAGAAGAUGAUGAACCUUACAGAGCUGGAGCUGUUGCGCUGUGACCUGGAACGAAUCCCGCACUCAAUCUUCAGCCUGCACAACCUGCAGGAGAUCGACCUGAAGGACAACAAUCUCAAGACCAUCGAGGAGAUCAUCAGCUUCCAGCACCUGCACCGGCUAGUAAGCCUGAAGCUGUGGUACAACCAGAUCGCCUACAUCCCCAUCCAGAUCGGCACCUUGACAAACAUGGAGAGGCUCUACCUAAACCGCAACAAGAUUGAGAAGAUCCCGGGCCAGCUCUUCUACUGCCGCAAACUGCGCUUCCUGGAUCUGAGUCACAACAACCUGACCAGUAUACAUGCCGAUGUGGGCUUCCUCCAGAACCUGCAGUACUUUGCUGUGACGGCCAACAGGAUCGAGUCGCUCCCGCCGGAGCUGUUCCAGUGCAAGAAGCUGCGCACCCUGAACCUGGGCAACAACUGCCUGCAUACUCUACCAUCGCGCUUCGGCGAGCUGACGGGCCUGACCCAGCUGGAGCUGCGGGGUAACCGUCUGGAGUGCCUGCCCGUGGAGCUGGGGGAGUGCAGGCAGUUGAAGAGGAGCGGCCUGGUGGUGGAGGAGGACCUGUUCAAGACACUGCCCACAGAGGUCAAAGAACAGCUGUGGAGGGCCGACAAGGAGCUGGUCUGAGAGAGUCCAGAGAGAGGGAGCCUAAGGAGAGGAGGAAAGCGGGAGAGAGGAUUGGGCAGUGGAGGCUGAUGUCACUUUCAAUUGGAGGCCAUUCUCAAAUUUCUCCCUCCUUCCAGCCUCCACUAGUAUGGGGUAGGAGAAAGGGGGGAGAUGUGUCUGUAUUGCUGGACACGCAUCCAGAGAAGGAUGGUUGGUUGGUUGUUGUCUUGGCUCUCCUGGCUAAAUUUGUAUUUUUUAGGGUAAAUGGUAGGACUGCCACAAUUACAGUAUAACCGUGUAACCGAUGAAGACAGCCAUAACCAUACAAAAAAAAAAUAAAAAAAUAA